AUGUCAUCUAAGUCCUGGUUGCGGCGGGAAAUCCUUUCCUUGAGACGACUUGCGUUCAAUGUAUUUUUCUACGGCACUCACCUAGGACUAUUUGCAUAUGGGUGGUAUUCUCAGUAUGCCAACGAACGCCUGGUUGCCCUGAACACUCUCCGAUAUUCUGUCUGGGUGUCCCGCGGAGCGGCCUUGGUUCUCGCCUAUGAUGCUGCUCUGAUCAUACUUCCGGUCCUCCGGAAUAUCCUCAGAAUCAUAAGACCUACGCUCGCAUGGUUGGCACCCAUGGACCAGAGCAUCUGGUUCCACCGACAAGUCGCGUACUCAAUGGCAUUCUGGACCAUGGUUCAUACAACCUCGCACUACAUAAACUUCAUGAGCAUCGAGAACACACGUAAGAGCACCUUCCGGCUCCCUGGGUUUGGGCAUGUAUUUAGUGCACAUGGUAUCAUAGAACUGCGUGCUGAACUCGCUGUACAAAUCCACUACAAUCAGGCUGCAGGGAUCACGGGCCACUUUAUGCUUUUCAUCAUGUUGAUCAUGUACACAACGGCGGCUCGUAAAGUACGUGAUCAAUGUUUCGAGGCAUUCUGGUACACCCAUCAUCUGGCCUUCUUUUUCUUUCUCGCACUAUAUUCGCAUGCCACUGGCUGUUUCGUUCGUGAUACACCCGAACCUGUGCAUACCAAGAAAUUUCCCUUCUAUGAUGCCAACCAUUGUCUAGGGUAUGGGUCUUGGCACUUCACCGUCGGGCCCGCCAUGCUAUACAUUGGGGAGCGCAUCUGGCGUGAAAUCAGAGGCAGGAAAUACACCAAGCUAACGAAAGUUCUGGUGCAUCCCAGUGGUGCUCUUGAGUUACGAAUGGUCAAACCCUCACUCAAGUACGUCCCAGGCCAAUGGAUCUUUCUCCAAGUGCCUUCUGUAUCCGCUUACCAGUGGCAUCCGUUCUCAAUCACGUCUGCUCCAGAGGAUCCAUACGUAUCAGUCACGAUAUGCCAGGUUGGUGACUGGACAAGAGCACUGGGUGAUGCAGUCAGUGCUGGACCAUCCGUUGUUGCAGCUCUUGCGGCCGCUACGCAGCCUUCGCAAGGGACGAAAGAUCUAGAGAGAAGCGCCUUUGGUCUUCCCGAGCUAUCAGAUCAGUUCUACGAAGUUGUCGCUUCGGACGAGUCGAGACCUAUAUCCCUGCCAGAAGUACGGCUAGAUGGGCCGUACGGAGCGCCUUCUGAGGAUGUAUUCAAGUCAGACUUGGCAGUGCUUGUAGGUGCUGGGAUUGGCGUCGCUCCUUUCGCGUCUAUCUUGAAGCACAUCUGGUACCGGCAGCGUGCUGGACGUCUCGAAAAGCUGAAACAUGUCGAAUUUAUAUGGAUAUGCCGCGACGCUGUAUCCUUCGCCUGGUUCCAGAGCGUGCUGACGGAGAUCGAAGAUGCACAGAUUGACCCGAACUUCUUGCGUAUCAACAUGUAUGUUACUCAGAGCAUCGGCAUCGACCAACUGUAUAACAUCGCUAUCAACGACACCGGGAGCGUUUAUGAUCCUCUCACCAAACUGCGCUCGCGGACAUUCUACGGAAGACCGGACUUCAAGUCAAUUUACUCGCGAAUACGAUCGGCCGUGGAAACAGGAGCCCUGCUAGGUCCACGAGAGUCUGGUACCGCAUUCAACGUCGGGACUUUCUAUUGUGGGCCAUCUGCUCUAGCCAAAACAGUCAAAAGUCAGGCUCUUGCAUGUUCCACUUCUACGGCUACGUUCACCUUUGCUCAAGUGAGGAUAUCGAUCAAUUUGAACUUCGAUAAGAAUCAUUAUUGA